AUGAAUGGACAGCUUAUUACGCCUAAAGACAGAGUUGACUAUGAUUUGGUUACAACUAAAGGAAACCAGUCAUCAACCAUGAGGGGAAAAAAGCGCAUGGCUGUCCUUUUGUGCAUAUCAAUCAUUUUUAACCAGAUGUGGGUCAAAGCUUUAGAUAUACCUUUCUUCGGUGAUGUAAACAAGUUACCCCUUGUCAAGGAAGCAAAAGAGGGUAUCGAUGAUAUACGGAAUAUUAUCGCUGGAAAUGCAGAUGAUGAUGAUGAUAAACAAUUUGAUGUAGAUAUGGAAGCAGCAUUUGAUCAGAUGUCCAGGGAAGGGACAAACGAAUUUUUUGAUGAAAUGCAUAGUAAAAAGGAUGAAGAACAUUUACAUCGUAAACGAGAUGCACCAGCAACAAUUUCUGAAACAAGCAAAAUUCUACAACAAAAACUUGAAUCAUUUAAAGGAACAGCAAGUAAGGCCAAAGCAGGAAUCAAUAACCUGGUAAAGGCAUAUGACAGUGCAAGUAGCGAUACCAAGGACAAUAUAAAUAACGUGCUUUCUACCACAGUGUCGUCUCUUGAUAAGUUUGUAAAUGCUGAGAGUAAUCCUAUUGGAGCUGUGCAGGCCACUUUAGAUAUUGUCAGCAGUAUGGCAGCAUUUGUUGAGCCAGCAGGUGCUGUGAUAUCAAUGGGACUGUCUUUUAUUUCUGGAAUUUUAGGCCUUUUUGGCCAGGCACCUGAAGCAGAGAAGCCUAUAGGUGAUGUUGUCAGAGAACAGAUAGAAAAGGCCUUAGCUAAAUUCUAUGACCAGACCCUGAAAAAUGAAGCUGAGGGAUGCAUUGAAGCAUUCCAGCAUAGCAAAGCUUUCCUGGAUGGAGUGGCAUCUGCAGUAGAUGGCCAGGUGCCUGAUAAUGCGGUGAGCUCGCUGUCAGCUCAUGUUCCUGUUUAUCACGGGUUAACUUUUAUGGGAAAAUUAGCUUCAUCUAUUCGAGAUGUAAUCAGAAAAGAUUCUCCUAAAGAGGGAGAAAAGUGUAUGAGAUACAUCGAGCUGUAUGCUAAGCUGGCCACCCUGAAAAACAUGAUUCUUCUACAACUUGCUGCACUUAUCCCCGACUCCCAAUCUGCUAUCCGGGCUGGUGUCUUAGGUGUCCGCAACUCACUGAGCAGUACAAGCAGGACAAUGUUAAGAUUCCUGUACAGCCAUAAACUUAAAUAUGUGAAUACUGUCUCCUAUUUUGAUCCAUACCGCUACCCCAUUACUGAUGGAUAUAUGAUGAAAAUACUAAAGCUUGAGGCACCAGACCGCUCCAUGUAUGGGGUUUAUUCAAUAAGGAACCUGCUUCCAGGAAGCUAUUAUCAUGAUUAUCUCAGCUUCGACACUGAAUCACCUCAUCCUGUUGUUACUGUGGAGAAGAAUGACCCAAAUGACUGGUUACUCAUUCCACGUGGAAAUCGGUUAUUCACAAUAGCAAGCCUCUGGGGCUGUCAUAAAAGUUAUGAAUUCUGCAGAGGGAUACUUUCCUGGGAUGAUGGAGACACUCACCCAACCUGUACCAUUGAAAAUGAUGAUCCAAUGUACUGGUAUUUAGUAAGGAAGAGUGUCGUUGGUUACAAGUUGCUCAAUACUUGGAAAUGCCCCGACAAUAAAUGGUGCACUGCUGAGCUGUCUUACGAUGGAAGAUCAGGAACUUAUCCUAUAGCAACAGUACAGUUUGAUGACCCCUGUGUCUGGGAAGUUACACGACUUCGCGACUACACUCCUUAAUGCAUGCACAGAAAUUUUCCUGUACUUCGGGUGGUGGGAAGAACUUAAAUCUUGCAGUUACUUUGUUUCAGAAUCAUAAAAUCCUGUAGAAUACAACAGAAAACUAAAGUAAGAGUUAUAUUUUUUUCUGACAGACUGCAUAACAUAUACAAUAAACAUCAAAUGUUGUUUUAUUGUGGAUGUUUUCUACUAUUCUAUAACUGAUGUUCAUUUGAAAAAAAUAAAGAUUACC